CCGUGCUGUCUCCCCAUCUUGAGCCUCCCUGACUGCGGUGAAACUGUUGUCGGCGUCCGUCAUCCAGUCUGGCCAACAGAAGCUACCUAGCUCUCAGCUACACACACACUCAAGCGCUACAACUUUUCUCAGCACUUCUUCUAAAUCAAUAAAGCAUCAUGGGGAAAGGCUGCGUGACGGCGACCAAAUACUUCCUGUUCCUCUUCAACCUCAUUUUCUUUCUUCUUGGGGCUGUCAUCAUGGGUUUUGGAUUGUGGCUCCUCCUGGACAAUCAGAGCUUCAUCGUUGUUCUCAAUGACUCCAUAGCUGUCAAGGCUGCGUGCUACAUCUUGAUUGGAGUCGGCACGUUCUCCAUGCUUAUGGGCUUCCUCGGCUGCUUAGGAGCGAUAUAUGAGAUCCGCUGUCUGCUUGGCCUAUACUUCACCUGCCUCUUGUUGAUCCUCAUUGCUGAGAUUGUAGCUGGCGCCCUCAUCUACUUCCAGAAGGGUGUGUUAAAUGAAGAGAUGUCUAAGAUUGUAUCAAAGGUCUUGGACAAUUAUCCAGGCAACAACUCAACCACAGAGCAGGCUUGGGACUUCAUUCAGAGAAACAUGGAAUGUUGCGGCUGGAAUGGUCAAGGUGACUGGAAUGGAAACAUGGUGAUCAUCAACAGUUCUCAGCUUCUGUUUCCCUGCUCGUGCCACAACAUCUCCCUUGCGACUGGAAAUGUCUCAGAGAGUGGAUUCUGCGAGGCUCUGACACCUGACUGGCCUGUAUACGACACGGGUUGUGCUCUCACCGUGGAGAACUGGCUCCUCACCAACAUUGGGGUUGUCCUGGGAAUCUGCAUUGCAAUCGCUUUUAUUGAGCUGCUGGGGAUGAUUCUGGCCAUCUGCUUGUGCAAAAACAUUCACAGGGAGGACUACACCAAAGUGCCAAAGUACUAAAGUUCACCACACUGAGUUUGGUUUGAACAGAAGCUAAUAAGGCAUUUUUCCACUCAAUUCUAGGUUAAAUGUUUGGUCCAAAUGUAAAAUGAUGUCUUAGCUUUACAUUUAGUUGAAUACUUCCUUUGAGGUGUUUUUCUCAGACCAGUCUUGUUUGAAGCACUUUAGAAAAGUUUUUGCUUUAAAAGUUUUGUUCCGAGCGCAAUGUUGCAAAUGUUUUGACUGGUUUGGAGGAACCUGGAGGAGUUGGAGGAAAAAGGGAAUGACAAAGAAGGAGGGGUGACAUUGCAGAAAUAUGUGGUAAAAUAAUGUCAGUGGUUGAUCCUGUUCGUUAUUGCCUUCUUAAGGUUUGUUUUAGUUUUUCCACGUUUGUUUUCUUUUGGAAGAUUCUGCAGCUGAUUUACACAGCUGUAAAAUUCCCCAAUUCUGGUAAUUUUAAUAAUUUUUAUUUUUUUAAAUAUAUACCAGCAUUGUGUAUGAUUUUUAUUAUUGUAUAUAAUUUGAUUUAUUCCUUUGUGUGAACUUGACCCUAAAGUACUUCCGUGUUUAUCAAUGCAAGCUGGUUACUCAUUGUACUUUCAAAAAUGUAUUUUCAUUCUUUUAUUCUAAAACUUCUUUGCUAUAACAGGAGUAAUGUGAUACUAAAGAACAACAUUUGUAAUUGUUUUCCAAAUAUAUCACUCAAUUUGUCUUGGGUGAGCAAGAACAUUGUCAUUCACAGAAUUGUUUACUAUAAAAUGUUGGGGGGGGAAAAUGUGCUUUUAAUCUAGCCACAAGGAAAGUAUGCAGAAAUUAUUUGGUUCUUUUUGUUUUAAAACAGAUUUUGACAUUCUUCAAUACUGUAGUUUUUUUUGCAAUCCAAUUUUAACUUUCAUUUGAGGAUGUGGUGUUUUUAGUCUGUAUAAAUUUUUGUCAUCAACUAUCUGACUUUGUACAGUGAGUAUGAAAAACCCUUUAUUAACCCUGUAAUGUUUUGCUUAAAGGUAUGUCUUUUUUUGUAACAAUGUAGAUGGACUGGUAGUGAAGCUGGCUAAGUAAGUUUGAACUCACAUCAUCCAUUCUAUUCUGUUUCCUUUGCCAAUAAAGUCAUUACAUUUGGAUGAA